AUGGUUAAGGAGACUAAGUUUUACGACGCUCUGGGUGUCUCCCCAGAUGCUUCCAUCGAGGACAUUAAGAGGGCCUACAGGAAGCUCGCUUUGAAGUACCAUCCCGACAAGAACAAGGAACCCGGUUCACAGGAAAAGUUCAAGGAAGUCUCUGUGGCCUACGAAUGCCUUUCAGACCCUGACAAGCGCAGUCGGUAUGACAAAUUUGGAGAGAAGGGAGUUGACAUGGAAAGUGGAGGAAUUGACCCCACAGACAUCUUUGCAAGUUUCUUUGGUGGCAGUCGGGCCCGCGGAGAGCCAAAGCCGAAAGACAUUGUUCAUGAGCUGCCUGUCCCGCUUGAGGCGUUCUACACAGGGAAGACGGUCAAGUUGGCAAUCACCCGUGAUCGCUUGUGCUCGGCUUGCAACGGUUCUGGGUCUAAGGUGCCGAACGCCAGCGUCACGUGCAAGGAGUGUGAAGGUCGGGGUGUCAAGGUUGUCACGCGUUCCAUUGGGCCCGGUUUCAUUCAACAAAUGCAGGUGGCAUGUCCUAGGUGCCGUGGAAAGGGCACCGAUAUGAAGGAGGAGGACAAGUGUGACACCUGCAAGGGCCAGCAGAUUAAGAAGGAGAAAAAAAUCUUUGAAAUCGUCGUUGAGAAGGGCAUGCAUCGCGGCGACAACGUGACGUUUCGAGGCGAAGGCGACCAGAUACCAGGGGUCCGGCUCUCAGGGGACAUAAUUAUCAUCUUGGACCAAAAACCACAUCCCGUCUUCACGCGCAAAGGCGACCAUCUCGUCAUGGAGCGCACCAUCUCCUUGGCAGAGGCGCUGACUGGGUUCACGAUGAACAUAAGACACCUCGACGACCGUGAGGUUUCCAUCACCUCCACUGGCGUCGUUGACCCCUCCAAGCUCUGGUGUGUGAGCAGGGAGGGCAUGCCGCUCCCCAACACAGGUGGCGUGGAGCGCGGGGAUCUUGUGGUGCAGUUUCACGUCGUUUACCCAACGACGCAGAGUCUGCGGCCUGACGCAGUCGCCAAGCUGCGCGAGGUUCUUCACUACCCCCCACAACAGUCUCCCUCACCUAAUGCCAUGAUAUGCCACCUGUCGCAAACCAACAUUGACCUCGAAAAGGAAGCCAAGCGCCGCCGACAGAGAAGUGGUGAAGACGACGACGACGACGCCCCACAAGGGCAUGCGGGAACGACGUGCACACCGCAGUAA